UUCAUUCAAUUAAGAAAUUCUUCUUGUAGGGUUUUCUGCUGGCCGUUAUCUUAUUCAUCGCCAUCGUAAUUUGAAAACAUUUAUAAAAAUUUCUUUACUCAUCGUUUGCUGUACUUAUACUCUUCUUACCUAUUUACUCACUGGAGAAUUCACAAUAAAAACAAAAACAAGUACCUACUUAAGUUUUUUUUAAAGAAAGGAAACACAAACAGAUGCCAUUUUUAUUAAAUACCUACAACUUACAAGUAUGAAAAUAAAUAGAUUAUGCUCUGUCUUAAUCUUAAGGUGGUCCUUGGGUAUUGCUUUUUUUUAAUCAUUAUACAUAACCCCUGGGCUCAAAGCACAUCUGAUACCGAAAUUAUUUUUGUCAGUUUUUGAGUUUAAGAGCAGUAAGUAAAUGGAAAAUGUAAUCGAUCAAUUAUUCACUUGUAUAUUAUGUAAUUAAUCAGAUGAAAUAUUUUAAAGUAUUUAAAAAUAACUAUAUACCUAAGACCUAAGUAUAAGAAAUGAAAAAAGGCAACGCACGUUGGGAUGUUCGGCGUGUAUUCUAUAGUAGGACAACAUAAUAUCCAAACUUCAUCAAAAAAAAUUCAUAACUUUCAAAAAACUAAGAAGAGCUAAAAGUUUUAAAUAUAUGUUAUGUACCUACCUAUAGUGUUAUUUAAAUACUUUAAAAUAUUUCAUCUGAUUAAUUACACAAUAUUCAAGCAAAUUGAUCGAUUACAUUUUCCAUUUACUGCUUUAAAAAUUUAAACUCAAAAACGAACAAAAAUAAUGUCGGUAUCAGAACGAUGCGCCUUAAGCCCAGUGGUUAUGCAAUGAUUUAAAAAAGCAAUACCCAAGGACCACGUGUUGAGAGCUGAUCUUAUCAGCAGUCAGCACUGAGCACUGAGCACAUGCUACCAUCUUCGAGCUUCUGACUAGUGUGUAGUAAUGUUGAUGUCCUACUUUUAUUAUUUUAUUUCGUUGAAAUUUAUCGUUAAUUUGUAUGUAAAAAAUCUUUCAAGUUUGAAAUCAAGGUAACAUACGUAGACGUACAUUAUUCCUUAUUUUUCUCCAUCUCACGUUCACCUAUGAAGUAAUAAUUGUACCUAAUACUAACGAACCAAAAACCAACCUUCUCAGAUAACCAUGGGCGAUUACUACGACGAAAGUACAGACGAGCUGGUAGAAGAAGAGGAAUCUGAAAACAGUGAUGAAUACGACGAUGAAGACGAUGAUUACUUCAGCGAUCACGAGUGCAAAAAGUGCAAAACUGAUGACUCUUAUGAAUUCGUCACUUUAAAUCCGGUAAUUCUAUCCAAAGUUCCCAAACUACAGGAUAUGGCUUCUGUUACGGUCGCAGCCAGUCUAUGGAAUCACAUCAACGUAGCUAAAGCUGUACGCAGUGUAAACCACAGAUGUACGAAAACUAGCAUCCAAUGGAUCACUUUAUGCAGUGAUGUAAUCGCAUUGAUCGCAGGAUUACCUGUUCCUGACCGUAUCGCCGAUCAAAUCGAUCAAUAUGUACGAAAAAUGGCCAACGAAAUAACCGCUUGGGUAUCGUAUCAUUAUCGAACGGUGUUUUUGAAAAAUGGACUCGAUAAAUUCGUCUACGGUCACGUGUGUCAUAUUGUUUGGCAUUCUAACGGUGCUAUCGACUGCGUUCAAACUGCAAAAAGUAUUAUGGCGUCGGUGAGAUUGAGCGAUGUUGAAAAGUUCAGAUUUUUAUGCGUUUAUUGUUUGUACGAUGACAUGGAUAAAAGGUCUUCGUUGGUAGAUUUGGACAAUGCUCUCGAUUACUUGAACUUUAACGAAGAUCCUUUGAUUUAUUAUUGGUAUUGUUAUUUUAGAAAUGAAUUGGAUAAGAUUCCCCCAUCAAUCGUUCCAAUCAAUAUUAACAUGUUACAUCACGAUAAAGUCGAUAAUUGGCCAGCCAAAGAGUAUUUUUUCGAUCGACUUGGAUACGAAGAGCGAGCACGAGAAGCUAUUUGGCUAAUCGACAAUCAUGGCGCCGUUUACCAGAAAGCAGUACUAUUGAAAUUGGAUGAAACGCAACGUCUGCACGUUCUCAUGGAACGAGCAACGCAAGUAAUCGUGAAUUACGCUCAUCCUCGUAUCAAUUCGAGAUUUAUUCUUCAGACGUGGUUCGAAGCUAGGAAUUUGAUUAACAAAGAUCAGUUUUUGACUGUAUUUCGAGAACUGUUGAGCGCAGGAGUAGAAAAUGCCCUUUCGACGGAGAUUUGGGCCACUGCUAACGAUGAUUUCAAACAACACGUAGUCAGUGCUAAUGGUCAUGAAAUUGUCAGAAAUGUAUUAACAGGAUGGUGGCGCAUCGAUUGUGAUUUCAUAUUUGUUUUGUUACAAGAUUCCAACGCGGUGAUAAAACAAUCAGUCACAAAGCAAGAAUUUUUCAACGGCUUCUGCAAAAGAUUAAUACAGAAUCGUAAAUUUCAACAGCUGGAUCGACUUCUGCAAUUUUGUUUGCCUGAUGCGGACGAUUUAGCGCAAUUUAAGAAGAACUUCGUGUUUGAUUCGGAAUAUUAUUUUUUCAACGCUCACUGCCAAAACUUAUUGCUGAAGAGUGAAUUUCAAGACCUUCAUCAGUUCCUGGAAUUCUGUCUUCCCCACCCUGUGAGAUUGCUGCAUUCAAGAGCGAAAGUCAAGAAUUACUUGAUGUUUUCGAACCCUAACGUAUUCAAAACGCAUUGCGAAACAUUACUGAUGAGCAGUAAAUUCCAAGAGUUGAGUAGAUUGCUGGAUUUUUGUUUUCCCUACGAUAAAGAUUUGCUGCAGUUUAAAAUGAAUUUGGUGAAUAAUUCGAAACCUAACGUUGUCGAAACCCAUUGCGAAAGGUUAUUAAUGAACCAUGAAUUUCAAGAGCUGGAUCGAUUACUGGUAUUUUGUUUGCCUGAUGCCGACGAUUUGGUAAAAUUUAAAAAGAACUUCGUGUAUAGUUCGGAGUCUAAUUUGUUCGAAGCCCAUUGCGAAAAAUUAUUGGAGAAUGCUGAAUUUCAGAAGCUUGAUCAACUUCUAGAAUUUUGUCUUAUCGAUGCUGAAGAUUUGCUGCAGUUUAAAAGGAACAUGGUGGAUAAUUCGAAACGUAACAGUAAUAUCAAAACGUAUUGCGAACGAUUAUUAACGAACGGCGAAUUUCAAAAGCUUAAUCAACUGCUGGAAUUUUGUUUGCCUGAUGCCGAUCAUUUGGCACAAUGUAAAAGAAACUUCGUGUACAGUUCAGAGUCUAAUUUGUUCGAAGCCCAUUGCGAAAAAUUAUUGGUGAACGGUGACUUUAAAGAAUUCGAUCAGCUGGUUAAAUUUUGUCUUCCUGACGUCGAAGAUUUUCUGCAGUUUAAAACGAACCUCAUUAAUAAUCUGAAACGUAACGUUAUCAAUACGCAUUGCGAAAGAUUAUUAUCGAAUGGUAAAUUUCAACACCUUGAUCAACUCCUGGAAUUUUGUCUGCCUGACGCCGAAAAUUUUGCCCGGUCCAAAAUAAACAUUGUGAAAAAUUCGGAACAUGUUAGAAAAACCUGCUUAGAGUUUUAUUCCUCAGGUGACCCGAACGGUGUUGAUAAUUAUCUCGAACAACUAUUAACCCUGUAUCCUGAUGCUGUGAUCCAGUAUAAAAAGGAUUUGAUAACUUCGUCGCACGGAAUCGAUAUGUGUGUUGGUAUCAUGGAUACAGAAUUUUCCAUCUUGGAUGCAGUUUUAGAACACGUUUUAAAAGAUCCGAUUUCGAUUACAGAAUUCAAAAGAACGAUGAUUCUUUCAUCUGCGGCCUUUUCUAAACUAACCGAUUUAUUACUGAGUAAUCGUUUAAACGCUGUGCAAAUGUGUAUUGAUCGUUUUCUCAUCUCGACUGAUGAUAGAUCCGCGUUGAAGAAGCAAUUGAUCGGCGAUAUUACGAAGCUGAUGCAGGCAGUAUUACGUAAUAACGAUGAAUCGUAUCUGCUAACAGUUCUAAUUUGGUGGUUUGGAAAUGAAAAUGACGUGCAAGAGUUCAAACGAACGUUAGACUUGGAAUCAAUUUUCAUCGCCAUGUUGAAGGAUUGCGUUUUUCACGAGUACCACUAUUAUUUGACGUAUUGCAAGUUUAAAUUUGGUAGCUCGAACUCGAGCGACUUCAACGCUCUUGAUCGGUUUUUAAAUUGGUAUUUUCAGUCGCCGGGUAAAGUGAAAGAGUAUAAAAUGAAGGUUAUUCAUUCGUACUCGAAAAUAGAUAUGUUUAAAACAUUCUUGCGAGGGAAUCGAGGCGAUAUGGCGUUGAGAACGGUCUUAGAAUGGUUCUUUAAAAAUGAUAUCGCCGAAAUUGCUAAGUUCAAAAAGCAUGGUGGUAAAAUUACUACCUUAAUUUAGGCACUUUUGUAUGUGUGUGUUUGUUGUUUUUUUUUUUGGUUGACUUGGAUGUAUGUUGUGAAUUGACUAUUAUCAAUACCUACAUUCCUUUACGUUAUUAUUAGCUUUUAGUGUUAUUUUUGUGCGUUUUUUUUUUUUUUUAAAUUAAGAAUUGACUUAUCAUGAUUGUUAAGUAUCCAUGUGUUUCUGAGAAUUUUAAACUUGUUUCGAUUUUUCAAAUGAAAGUACACUAUAUAGGCUACGAAUAUAAACAUUUUGUUUUACAUAAAAAUUUGUAAAAUUCUUU